AUGGAAGAGGUAUUGCCAUCGUGGCUUUCCGGUGUUCGAAUGGAAAAAACAAUCGUAGAAUUUCCAAGCGUCAAGAGGCUUGAAGCAGCCGAUUUAAACUCACCACCUGCGGACAUUGUAGGAAGAUAUGUGCGAUCUGACGGUACCGUCCCAGACGAUAGACCUCUAAAAAUUGUGCCGCCAUUAGAUGUACAGAUGUUUGGUGUGCCCCAACUCAGGGUUGCAAAAGCACAAUCUGACGGUACCGUCCCAGACGAUAGACCUCUAAAAAUUGUGCCGCCAUUAGAUGUACAGAUGUUUGGUGUGCCCCAACUCAGGGUUGCAAAAGCACAAUCUGACGGUACCGUCCCAGACGAUAGACCUCUAAAAAUUGUGCCGCCAUUAGAUGUACAGAUGUUUGGUGUGCCCCAACUCAGGGUUGCAAAAGCACAAUCUGACGGUACCGUCCCAGACGAUAGACCUCUAAAAAUUGUGCCGCCAUUAGAUGUACAGAUGUUUGGUGUGCCCCAACUCAGGGUGGCAAAAGCACAAUCUGACGGUACCGUCCCAGACGAUAGACCUCUAAAAAUUGUGCCGCCAUUAGAUGUACAGAUGUUUGGUGUGCCCCAACUCAGGGUGGCAAAAGCACAAUCUGACGGUACCGUCCCAGACGAUAGACCUCUAAAAAUUGUGCCGCCAUUAGAUGUACAGAUGUUUGGUGUGCCCCAACUCAGGGUUGCAAAAGCACAAUCUGACGGUACCGUCCCAGACGAUAGACCUCUAAAAAUUGUGCCGCCAUUAGAUGUACAGAUGUUUGGUGUGCCCCAACUCAGGGUUGCAAAAGCACAAUCUGACGGUACCGUCCCAGACGAUAGACCUCUAAAAAUUGUGCCGCCAUUAGAUGUACAGAUGUUUGGUGUGCCCCAACUCAGGGUUGCCAAAGCACAAUCUGACGGUACCGUCCCAGACGAUAGACCUCUAAAAAUUGUGCCGCCAUUAGAUGUACAGAUGUUUGGUGUGCCCCAACUCAGGGUUGCAAAAGCACAAUCUGACGGUACCGUCCCAGACGAUAGACCUCUAAAAAUUGUGCCGCCAUUAGAUGUACAGAUGUUUGGUGUGCCCCAACUCAGGGUGGCAAAAGCACAAUCUGACGGUACCGUCCCAGACGAUAGACGUCUAAAAAUUGUGCCGCCAUUAGAUGUACAGAUGUUUGGUGUGCCCCAACUCAGGGUUGCAAAAGCACA